AUAUUUCUUUGGAACGGCGACGGCAACGGCUAGCUCGUUUGCCCGUUGCGCUGGAACGUGCGAUCUGCUCAAGCCUCGGGCGAGUGUAAGCGGAGCGACUGAGAGGGGCCGCUCCACCCUCGCGAUCUCCCACUCCCCAUCUGAGGUUUCUAGCCUUCUCCCCGCUGAUUUCUCCUCUCCGAGCCCUCGUUCUCUUUGCUCGGCUAAAGCGACUAGCGAGGACCAACCAUGAACAUCUUCAAGAAGAAGACCUCCGCCAAAGAUUCUCUUAGGACCAGCAAAAGAGAAAUGACGGUCGCCACAAGAGGUGUGGAAAGGGAGAUCGGUUCCCUGAAGUUAGAGGAGAAAAAACUGGUUGCAGAGAUCAAGAAGACUGCACAAACUGGGAAUGAGGCUGCCACUCGGAUCCUUGCUCGUCAGCUUGUUCGUCUGAGACAACAAAUUACUAACUUGCAGGGAACUCGUGCACAAAUUAGAGGCAUAGCAACUCAUACGCAGGCAAUGUAUGCAAGUACUUCAAUUUCCACAGGAAUGAAAGGUGCAAGCAAGGCAAUGGCAGCAAUGAACAAGCAAAUGGAACCGGCCAAGCAGGCAAAAGUGAUGACAGAGUUCCAGAAGCAGUCAGCACAGAUGGACAUGACGAUUGAGAUGAUGUCCGAGGCUAUAGAUGAAACUUUGGAUAAAGAUGAGGCAGAAGAGGAAACAGAAGAGCUCACUAACCAGGUGCUCGAUGAAAUUGGUGUUGAUGUUGCCUCACAGUUAUCUUCAGCACCUAAAGGUCGGAUUGCAGUCAAUAACAAGAAAGUUGACACUGCCUCAAGAAAUGUAGCUCCAGAGAAACCUGCAGUUGAUGACCUAGAGAAGAGGUUGGCAUCCCUGCGACGCAUCUGAACGGCUAAAUCUCUUCCGAUGGUUUUGUAUGUAAAGAUCAUUUUCUCGGACAGAUCGUCUCAUGUUGUCGAUAGAGAAUUAGUCAUAUCUAUUGUUUUAGGCAUACCCUAUAGUUCUUAUGCAAACUACAUGUACACUUUGGAGCCAAGGACAAUGUUGAAACCUGUUGGUGAUUCA